GAGUUCCGGGGUCGACUGAAGAUGGCGGCCGCUGACAGGGGCUGGUGGUUGUGCGAGUUACUGAGGUUUUUUUAUUCAUUAUUCUUCCCUGGGCUAAUUGUAUGUGGAAGUUUAUGUUUGUGUUUGGUCUUUAUCCUUUGGGGAAUCAGAGUGCGACUACAAAGAAGGAAAAACUCAGCAUCAACUGGCAAAAAAGGGAAAGAUCAAAUGGUGAUUGCGUUUUUUCAUCCAUACUGCAAUGCUGGUGGCGGAGGAGAAAGAGUUUUAUGGUGUGCAUUAAGGGCCCUGCAGAAAAAGUAUCCUGCAGCAGUUUAUGUUGUUUAUACUGGUGAUGUUAAUGUCAGCAGUCAGCAAAUACUAGAAGGUGCAUUCAGAAGAUUUAACAUCAGAUUAAUUCACCCAGUGAAGUUUGUUUUCUUAAGGAAACGCUACCUUGUGGAAGAUUCACUCUAUCCUCACUUCACACUGCUGGGCCAAAGUCUAGGAUCCAUCUUUCUUGGCUGGGAAGCUCUGAUGCAGUGUGUUCCCGAUGUUUACAUUGAUUCAAUGGGAUACGCUUUCACACUUCCUCUGUUUAAGUAUUUAGGCGGUUGCCGAGUUGGAAGCUAUGUUCAUUAUCCCACUAUCAGCACUGACAUGCUCUCUGUAGUGAAGAAUCAAAAUGCUGGAUUUAAUAAUGCGGCCUUCAUUACCAGGAAUCCUUUUCUCAGCAAAGUAAAGCUCAUCUACUACUAUUUAUUUGCUUUUAUUUACGGACUUGUUGGUUCUUGCAGUGAUGUAGUCAUGGUCAAUUCUUCUUGGACACUAAAUCAUAUUCUCUCACUGUGGAAGGUUGGGCAUUGUACUAACAUUGUUUAUCCACCUUGUGAUGUACAGACAUUUCUGGACAUUCCCUUACAAGAGAAAAAGAUGAACCCAGGACAUUUACUGGUUUCUGUUGGCCAGUUCAGACCUGAAAAGAAUCAUCCUUUGCAGAUAAGAGCCUUUGCUAAAUUGUUGAAUAUGAAGAAGACUGAGGCACUUCCUUCACUUAAACUUGUCCUCAUUGGAGGUUGUCGUAACCAAGCUGAUGAAUUUAGGGUAAACCAACUAAGGAGGCUUUCUGAGGAGCUAGGAGUUCAAGAAGAUGUGGAAUUUAAAAUAAAUAUUCCAUUUGAUGAAUUAAAGAAUUACUUGUCUGAAGGAACAAUUGGUCUGCAUACCAUGUGGAACGAGCAUUUUGGGAUUGGAGUUGUUGAGUGUAUGGCAGCUGGCACAAUUGUCCUUGCACACAAUUCAGGGGGCCCGAAGCUUGACAUUGUCAUUCCUCAUGAAGGGGAAGUAACUGGAUUUCUGGCUGAAAGUGAAGAAGGCUAUGCCAAGACUAUGGCUCAUAUUCUUUCCAUGUCUGAGGAAAAGAGACUCCAAAUCAGAAAUAAUGCUCGUGCAUCUGUAAGAAGAUUCUCUGAUCAGGCUUUUGAAGUGACAUUCCUAUCAUCUGUGGAGAAGUUAUUUAAAUAAUGCCAAAUCUGUACAAAUUAAAGAUAUUUAAGUAAAAUAGGGAAAAACCUUCACAUGUUAAUAUUUUUCUAAAUUCAUUCCCUCUUGUAAUAAAGUCAGCAUAAGCAAUGCUCUUUAGAUAUAAAGGAAAGCUAUUUAUUUCAAGGGAAAAAGGCAAAAUUACCUAAAUAGAAAAGGUAACCUUAUAUGUUUAAAUGUAAAAAUUUAGAUUAGUGCUUGGUCUCAAAAUCUGAAAAAUAUGGAUCUGAAAGAAAAAAAAUGAACAAUCUUAAUUUUGGUAUAGUCCGUAUUUUUCAAAUCCCAUUUGUCAAAUCACUUUUUACUUUAGUAACCAGGAAGGAGAAUUUCCUUUUAGAAAAAAGGAAAUGUUGAAAGAAAAGUGGAUGACUGAUAAUUGAUUAGUACUUUAGAAUUGUUUUGACAUUUUUGGAAAGAACAUAGAAAAAUUCUGGUACAUUUAUAUUUUAAAUGGUAUUGUAGAGGACCUUUUUUGAAUAUAUCUAAUGAGUUUCUUAAAAGAAAAAAGAAACUUCAAGCAGGCUUAAUCAUAUUCUAAAAAUCAAAAGAUGACUGACUGCGAUUGCUCUCUGGGUGUGCAUAGGCAUGUAGAGGUCAAGGUACUGCCGGUAAUCUUUUCCAUAACUAAGUAUUUGUGAAAAUAGUUUUUUGUUUAGUGCUGUCAGUAUAUUUGUAUGAGCCUUUCAUUAUUCCUUAACAUUUCCACAUCUCAGAAGCUAGAAGUUAGCUGUAAGUCAUUUAGGAGGUCUGAGUAAGAACAUCACAAUUAGUUGUUUUUCCGAUAGUGAUGAUGUAGCAUACAGAUCCAUGUACACAGUCCCUACGAUCAGCAUUGUGCAUUGUAAGAUGACAAGGUGGCGUUCUAAAGAGAGCACUGGGCUAGCUGUUAGCAUACCUGAGCCUGACCUCAGCUUCAUCAUUUUACAAACAUUGAUCUUUUGACAUUAAAGCUUUUCCUUAAUCUU